AAUGCUAAAUUUUCAUGCGUCUGAACUAGUGCAAUCAUGUGGUUCUCCUUUCAUGCAGAUAAAGCUUGUGAUUUCCACGGUACCGAGUAUCAGAUCCCUCUGAAGAAAUUUGUAAAAUGGGAGGAUCUUCAACAAAAGCUCUUGUUCACCAGAAGCUUUUACUUGUAUGGACGAUAGUGGUGGCAACGUUGAGCUCUUUCAGUGAUUCUAAAUGUGAUUUCGAGGCGAUCUUCAACUUCGGUGACUCGAAUUCAGAUACCGGCGGGUUUUGGGCAGCAUUUCCCGCACAGUCUGGACCGUUCGGCAUGACCUAUUUCAAGAAACCGACAGGUCGGGCUUCCGAUGGGAGGCUCAUUGUUGAUUUCUUGGCUCAAGCUCUAGGAUUGCCAUUCCUGAGUCCAUAUCUACAAUCGAUUGGAUCCGAUUAUAGACAUGGAGUAAACUUUGCGACAUUGGCAUCAACCGUGCUUUUGCCAAAUACUUCCUUGUUUGUUACCGGAAUCAGUCCAUUCUCUCUAGCUAUCCAGCUCAACCAAAUGAAGGCAUUCAAGACCCAAGUUGAAGAGUUUCAUCACUCCAACUUGGAUAAACAAGAACCCAAGAAACUUCCUUCCCCAGAUAUUUUUGGGAAAUCACUCUACAUGUUCUAUAUUGGUCAAAACGAUUUUACUUCGAAUUUAGCAGCCAUUGGUGUAGGAGGAGUGAGGCAAUAUCUUCCUCAGGUGGUCUCCCAAAUUGCUGGUACGGUCAGGGAGCUAUAUGCUUUAGGAGGGCGUGCAUUUCUGGUACUUAAUCUAGCACCAGUUGGUUGCUAUCCCUCGUUUCUGGUAGGGCUUCCCCGUUCUGAACUCGAUGCUUUUGGAUGCUCGAUUUCUUACAACAAUGCAGUACAAGACUACAACAACAUGCUUAAGGAGACGCUUGCACAAACAAGAGGCUCUCUCCCAAAUGCUUCUCUAAUAUAUGUGGACUCCUCAUCUGCUUUGCUAGAGCUCUUUAGACACCCCACAAUCCAUGGGCUCAAAUAUGGUACCAAAUCAUGUUGUGGGCAUGGAGGUGGUGCCUACAAUUAUGACCGUCAGGUUUAUUGUGGAAAUACAAAGGUGAUCAAUGGGAGCACUGUGACUGCAACAGCUUGUGAUGAUCCAUACAAUUAUGUAAGCUGGGAUGGAAUCCAUGCCACUGAAGCUGCAAACAAGCUUGUUACCUGGGCUAUUCUCAACGGCUCUUAUUUCGACCCACCUUUUCCUCUUCACCAACUUUGUGACCUCUACCCUAUAGGUUGAUCAUUGUUGGUCCAUAUUGUUCUUAUUAUUAAUUAGUUGGGUUUUUUUGGCUUUCUCUAUCCUUCUAUGACGGUCUUUCUUUUGUAUUUAAUGUUGGCUUUGGACCUUAUUAUAUAUUAAGCCAAUUGUCUUGACAUAGUUAAA